UGCUUACUGUUUUUAAUGUUUUUCAGAACACGACCACGAUGAUGACUUCCAGCCACCAGCACCAAGAUUUGAUGAUAUUCUCACUGCUGCCAUUGCAGAUGUUGGUACAUUACGCAACUUCACCCGGCCUGCCAGAAGAUCAAGACUUCAAAAACAGAAACCUGGACCCAAACCAAAAGUAGUCAGGUUGAAGUUUUACCUUUUGCCAGAUGGUUGUGAGCUGCCAAAGUUCUCCAAGCAAGAUGCAGCUAUAGAGAGACACCAAGCAAUUGGCUAUGGUUUUCCGCCUGCAUACUACCACGAUGGCAAAGGAAAAGCACAUCCGUUUUCAUUAGACCUAGCAGAAGCAGACUUCAAAGAGAACAUCCGUUCUCUUUAUGCCAGACUUACUGGAAAAGACUUCGGCCUGUUCACCAACACCCAGAGUCGUAACCUUGUAGCUGCCCCAUUUAGCCCUACAUAUUUUAAGACACUAAAGUACCAGGGAACAGUUGUUAUCAAGAUACAGCAACUAGUCGCUCUGCCAGCUUAAAAUUCAACAACCCAUCCAGUGUCCCAUGUCAUUCCAACACCAGCUGUUAUAAGACCAGUUGUGAUGAGACCUGCACCAGCUGCUAUACAACCAGUUGUGACAACACCUGCACCAACAGUACAACCAACCAUGACAACUUCACAUGCAACACCUGUGCAACAACAGAUAGUUUCUCAUCCUCAGCCAGUAACACACCCUACAUCAACUCCACAGAGUUCUACACUCCCACAGACUACAACAACUCCACAACCAGCUGCAUGGAUCCCAACGGGCACUCCAGUUAUUGACAUCAAUCCAAGGCAUCGACUCAUCAUGGAGCAGGAGUUUGACUUUGCAGUAUCCCUCGCAGCUGAUCAGGACAGGGAAGCUGCACGCCAGACAGCUAGGGUACGUCGCAACCUUGCACGAACAGAACGCCAAAGGUUACGAGACCAACGUAAAGAGGAGCAGGAAACGAUGCAGACAAAUGCUGUAGAGGAGAUAGCCAAUUCCAGACAUAACACAGCACCAGAAGACAUGCUAUCAGUAAUUUUGGUUCUACCAGAUCAACAAGAGCUUAACAAGACAUUCUCCAAGGACACGUUAUCAGAGGUAUAA